GCCCACAACCCAGGCUUUUGCUCUGACUGGGAAUUGAAAAGGUGACCCUUUUGCUCACAGGCCAGCACUCGGUCCACAGAACCACACCACCCAGGAUGCCUCUAAGCAUUCUAAAGGACCGUGAAUGUGUAAGUGGAUACGAGUUUAACAUAUUGUCCAUGUCUCAUAAUGUAUUUGAAGUCUGUGACAUGCUUGAGAACUCCACUCCGAGCCUGGAGCCUGGAAUGCUCUCUCUGAGUGUCAGGCCACCUCCCCCUUUCCCUGACUGGCAAAUGAAGGUGUUGGGGCUGGACAUGAGGAGGAGACUCGCUCAGGAGUAGGGGAACAGUGGGGAUCACCUAAGUGAACAACUGUGGAGGAGCACGUCAGGAGUUGGUCAGGAGUUUUCUUGCUAUGGCUGGAACAACGGCACUUUUGAUGUUGGAGAACUUCAUAGGGGGAAAAUUUUUGCCCUGUAGCUCAUAUAUAGACUCUUAUGACCCGUCUACAGGGGAGGUGUACUGCCAAGUGCCAAACAGCGGGAAAGAGGAGGUAGAGGCUGCGGUGGAGGCCGCCAGAGCCGCAUUCCCCGGCUGGGCAAACCGCAGCCCACAGGAGCGCUCGCAGGUGCUGCACCGGCUGGCGGACUUGCUGGAGCAGUCCCUGGAGGAGCUGGCUCAGGCCGAAUCCAAGGACCAAGGGAAAACCGUAGCACUGGCAAGAGCCAUGGACAUUCCCCGGUCUGUUCAGAACUUCCGGUUCUUUGCCUCCUCCAUCCUGCACCACACGUCAGAGUGCACCCAGAUGGACCACGUGGGCUGUCUGCACUACACCGUGCGGACCCCCGUGGGGAUCGCUGGGCUGAUCAGUCCCUGGAACUUGCCGCUCUACUUGCUGACCUGGAAGAUCGCUCCGGCGAUCGCUGCCGGCAACACGGUGAUAGCCAAGCCCAGCGAGCUGACUUCCGUGACCGCGUGGAUGAUGUGCAAGCUCCUGGAGAAAGCAGGUGUGCCACCAGGUGUGGUCAACAUUGUGUUUGGAACAGGGCCCAGGGUGGGCGAGGCCCUGGUGUCCCACCCGGAGGUGCCCCUCAUCUCCUUCACCGGGAGCCAGCCCACCGCUGAGCGGAUCACACAGCUGAGUGCUCCCCACUUCAAGAAGCUCUGCCUGGAGCUGGGGGGCAAGAACCCUGCCAUCAUCUUUGAGGACGCCAACCUGGAGGAGUGUGUUCCCACCACCGUCAGGUCCAGCUUUGCCAACCAGGGUGAAAUCUGCCUCUGCACCAGCAGGAUCUUUGUCCAGAAGAGGAUCUAUAGUGAGUUUUUAAAGAGGUUUGUAGCAGCUACCAGAAUGUGGAAAGUCGGCAUUCCCUCCGACCCGUCGGCCAGCAUGGGCGCCCUGAUAAGUAAAACUCAUUUGGAGAAGGUCAGAAGUUACAUCGAGAGAGCUCGUGCAGAAGGGGCCCGCAUUCUGUGCGGUGAGGGAGUGGAUACAUUGAGUCUCCCCCCGGGGAAUCGGGGAGGCUAUUUUAUGCUUCCCACCGUGAUAACAGACAUUAAGGAUGAAUCACGCUGCAUGAAGGAAGAGAUAUUUGGUCCAGUGACGUGUGUUGUCCCCUUUGAGAGUGAAGAGGAAGUGAUUGAAAGAGCCAACAGUGUUAAAUAUGGGCUGGCAGCGACGGUGUGGUCAAGCAACGUGGGGCGUGUCCAUCGGGUGGCUAAGAAGUUGCAGUCAGGCUUGGUCUGGACCAACUGCUGGCUCAUCAGAGAGCUGAACCUUCCUUUCGGGGGGAUGAAGAGUUCUGGAAUAGGUAGAGAGGGAGCCAAGGACUCUUACAACUUCUUCACUGAAAUCAAAACGGUCACUGUUAAACACUGACCUUGGCCAGUGGAGAAUUAUUAUGCCUGGCUACAGACAGUCAGUGGUCCAAUGUGGCCAAUGGAUCUACUGGCAUCAAUUCCAGCCAGGUCUCGCCCCGGCAGGAGCUUCUCUCUAGCUUAUCCUCAGUAGCUAGCAUUUUUACCUGCUGGUGAAGAGAUGUCUACUUUCAAGGUGAAAGCAAAGAAGAAAACACUUCUGCAGAGGAAGACACAAAAAGGAAGCCAAAGAAUUGUCAGGCUCCUCCUGUGUUGUGUCUUCACAGGGUUUUAAAAAAUCAUUUUGAUCGGAUUCUUGGAAAUUCACAGAUAAUCAGGCUUUUUUUCCAUUUGUACAUGGAUGGUUAAAAAAAUAUACAAAGCCAAAGAGAAACAAAUCACCAUAAUUUCCUACCUUUGGGGAGAUUGCCAAGAGGGUUUCAGUCUAUCAGCCAGCAACAUGGCCAACUGUGAAUUGACCACACCUCAUUAUGCGAUUGGACCGUGAAUGUCAAUGAUAAAUGCAGCAUGGAAUUUGUUAGAGACGGCAUGUAUGGUAGCUCCCAAUUAAUAUACCUCUAGAAGUACAAAGAAAAAUAACAUAACUAUUACUUUUUGGAAGAAGCUUAGAACAAGAAGAAUCUGACCCAUUCUUCCUGUGGAGUCUCAUCAGUUCCAAUUCUUAGUGUGUACCCAAUGAGACCUACAAUUUACUAAUCCUAAAGAGAGUGAUAAACGUGAAGCAAUUUUAGUAACCAGGAUGGCAUACCUUCUUUUUGAAUUGCCUUUUCUUCUUCCUUCUCCUCAUCCUGUUAGAAGUAUGGACUUAUACUAAAUAGUAAAGGUAUUUCUAGUGCUUUUUCCCUAGAUGUCCUGGUGAUCAGAGGGGACUGAGGUUUAUAGAGAUUAAAUAGCAUCCCUGAGAUCACACAAGAGGUGUGAGGCAGAGGGAGGUGUGAAUCAGGGCUCCGACUCCAAAGCCAUGGUCUCUGGCCACUUCACACCUGCCUUGGACUGGGCUCCAGGGCAGCCAGGUGGGCGUGUGGAACUCAUGAUGUUGGGGCCCCUCCCGCUGUGCCUCUCCCCUCCUCUCUCUGCUCUGCUCCACUUGUCCAGGCGACCCAGGGACACCUCCAGCACAGCCCUUUCCACCCUGCCUCAAGUGGGCUGUUUGCACGUCUGACCCCCCGACAGGACCGGAAUCACGAAUGGCCCAGGCAGGUGUUCAUCCACCCUGAAGUCUCGGUUCCUAACACAAUGCCUGACGCAUAACAGGUGCUCAAAACAAGUUUCAGAAUGGAACCAGGUCUUCCUGGAACUCUGGGGUAUUUGUUCAUAGUUUAUGGGGGAGGUCAGCAGGGGCGACAGGUUGAUCUUUAUAAUUUUGAAUGGAGUUUUGGAUACCCCGACCUGUUCACAAAUGCUGAAAAAUACAAGUCUCCUUGAUAUCAAGAGAUUGUGUUGGAUCAUAUCUGUUCCCUAGCUUCUAUUUUCCUUUUCCCCUCCUGUUGUCGCUGCCCCUCUCCCCCAGCUGAAGCCCCUUGGCCUUGAUUAAUUAAGCCUAAGACCAAUUCUGAGUACCAGCGGGAGGAAUUUCAGCAGCGCCAGUCUCUAAGAAUCUUCAUCUUCAUUCUUUCAAUUGGUCUGUCUCAAGUGCAUCCUUGCGUCUCAGACCUAAAAGCUGUAUCUUGAUUCCAAACUCUGUCAGCUGAACCUCUUUGCUCCCUGAGCCCGGAUACCCAUCUCCCGGAACACUUGUUUCCUGCCCAGGAGAUUCCCCCCCAGGACUUGGCGCCAGCCCUGCUCUUGUCACUUCCCGCCCCGGACUCGGGAUCCCGCCUCGGGAAGGGCUUGCUUCCUGAUGGCAGACGUUCUGGGUGCCCUUUCCCCACUCCUUGUCUCUUGGACCUGCAGAAGCUCCUCCUGGGCUCACAGGGCAGUCUGAGUAAUGCACACGUGACCAAAUGCCACUCUUCCUUCCCUUGCCAAUGCUCUCCCAGUCCUCAGGCUGUAAGAGCAGUGGCUAUUAUGUUCUAGCAGCCCAGGUGGACUUUUCCUCAUUUUUCUAGCCUGCACAAGUGAAGGAAUGUAGUUCCAAGACCUCACCUGUCCCAGACAUCCCAGACGUCUCAGGUUGCACAUCAGCUAAAGGUGCUGGUGAGGUCUGCGCUGCACCAGGACACAGCCCCUCUGGGGGGCACCCCCACAGCUGCAGGGCUGCUGGGCCUCUGCCUUGCUGUGCUCAGAGCUAAAAGGAAGACAAUCUGGGGAGGACCACAGGAGUUUCAACUAUACUUACAAAGUUUUAUUUCUAAGCAGGAUGAUGGGCCUAUGGGUGUUUACCAGACUGUUUCAUAAAUAGGAAACACGCAAUUUUUUUUUGUCAAUAAAAAAACCAUGAGGGAUCAGUCAAGGAUCAGCAAAUAUUUGGUAAAGAGAAAUGCCAAAAUGUGUGAAAGACCCGCUGACCAUGGGAGAUCAGACACAAGAAGGAAAGAAGGCAUUAAAAAUUGAAUUAGUCUCCUAGGAGAGACUUGAAAGGAUGGUGUUCACACAGAAGAAUAGACUACUAUGGAAAAGGAGCAGGAAAGGGAUGUGAAGGAGCCCUUGAAAUAUUGAACAUUGGUUCCCCAAAGGCAUUUUAAAAAUUAAUAGAAUCGAGUCAUUGGUAUGGCUGAACACUAAAUUGGUAAUAUGGAAGAUAAAGUUGAGAAAAUAGCUCAGAAUGUAGAGGAUGACAGGAAGGAAAACUACCAGAAAGAAGUUGAAAUGCAGGAUAGAUCUGGAAAGCUAUUAAUAUGUAACUAAUUCAAGAUGAUAGAACAAAGCUGAAUAAUGAAAUAAGUAAUAAAAGAUAAUUUUCCUGAAUUACAAAAAAGAUUUUCAGAUGGAAAAUUUUUACCAUGUGCCAAGAACUACUCAGUUGAAAGUAAAAAAUUCCUAUUGUAGCCCUGACUGGUGUGGCUCAGUGGGUAGGGCAUUGUCUUGCAAACUAAAAAGUUGUUGGUUCAAUUCCCAGUCAGGGCACGUGCCUGGGUUGCAGGCCAGAUCCUCAGUAGGGGGCAUAGAGAGGCAAUCAGUCAAUGUUUCUCUCACGAAUCAAUAUUUCUGUCCUCUUUCUCUUUUCCUUUCUCUCUCUCUAAAAAUAAAUAAAAUCUUUAAAAAGACUUUGAAAAUGCUGAGUGUAAAACUGAGUGCAGAGAGAAUUAACAGGAUACUUGCAAAAAAUAAAAAUAAAAAGCAUAAAAUUGUCAUCACACUUUGCAUUAAUAAUAUUGAGGCUAGAAAACAGUGGAGCAAGUCUUUAAAAUUCUCAGGAAAAAUAAUUUUGAACCUAAUUUUAUAGCCAGCAACCUGUUGCUCAAGAAUUAAUGCAAAAUAAUUCAUCUAGUGACUCAGAAAGUUUCUCCUGUUUCCUCUUCCUGGUGUGACUUGGGAUGUGAUGCAGGAAAAGUAAUCCAGCAAAUAGAAAAAUUGCCUCAGGAAAAAAAUGAAAAGAAAUUUCAAGUGGUUAGCUGCAACACAGGCCAACAAAGCAACUG